AUGAAUCCAUUGAAAUGUGCCUUUGGAGUUGCUUUUGGCAAGUUUCUAGGCUUUAUUGUGGGACAUCAAGGGAUUGAGAUUGAUCAAGCUAAAGUUUAUGCUAUCUUGAAGAUGCCCGAGCCUCAAAAUAUUCAUGAGCUAAAAAGUCUUCAAGGAAAGUUUGCCUACUUGAGAAGGUUCAUCUCGAAUCUAGCCAGAAGAUGCCAACCAUUUAGCCAUCUUAUGAAGAAGGGUGCUCCUUUCAAGUGGGACCAAACAUGUAGCAAUGCCUUUGAAAGUCUCAAAGAAUAUCUGGUGAAGCCUCCAAUUCUAGAAGCCCCUAUACCUAAAAAGCCAUUGAUACUCUCUUUAUUACUUAAGCUGAAUGAUGACAUCAAAUGA